AUGAUCACAGUACUUGUCACUCUUUGUCUCCUAACAUCAGUGAAACCUUCUAAGAUCAAGGAGCUUCAAGUUCAAAAAGUAAAGCGUGGAGAAAAUGUUACUAUAAAAUGUGACGACUUGUCCAGUGAUAAAAAUAAUUUAAUUUGGUUCAAACAGAGUUUUGGAAAGGUUCCUCAGUGGGUAGGGAGAGAAGUGGAGAGCUCAUUCAGACCCGGUGAAGGAUUUAAUGAUGGACGUUUCAGCAUUAAUGUAAAUAAAAGUCUGCUUAAUCUGAACAUUAAAGAAAUCAAAGAAGAGGAUACAGGAACAUAUUUCUGUGUAGAAUUGCUGGAAUCUUCACUACACUUUGGAUCUGGAACCCUUUUGGUUGUUGAAGCUGAGGAGAUGAAACAGCAUCCUCCGACUGUAACGGUGAUGGAGAACGGAGAGUCGCUCACACUCCAGUGUUCAGUACAAGCAUUUAAUUCAAGCUGUGAAGAACAGAGUGUGUACUGGUUCAGAAACAGCUCAGGAGAAUCUCAUCCAGGAAUCAUUUACACUCAUGGAGAUGGCAGUGAUGAGUGUAAGAAGAGCUCUGAGGCUGGUUCUCCUACACAGAGCUGUGUUUACACUCUCCCCAAGAGGAAGCUCACAACCUCUGAUGAUGGAACGUUCUACUGUGCUGUGGCUGCGUGUCGACAAAUCCUCUUUACUAAUCGAACUGGAGUUAAAGUAAUUCAAGAAAAAGAAAAUAACCAUUGGAUUGUUGUUUUGACAACUUCCAAUAUAAUAUCUAUUAUUGUAAUCAUGGUUCUGGUUGGAGUUUUACUUAAACAAAGAAAAGGGGCUUCCAACGACCAUCCAAAUAACACAAAUCAGGCUGAUGAUGAAGAUGUCUUGAACUAUGCAGCUGUAAGUUUUGCUAAGAAACCUUCAUCCUCCAGAACAUCCAAAGACAAGAGCCAUGAAGAUGUUUAUGCACAGGUUAAAAUAAAAUAAAGGGAAAUGAAUGAAUUUAGAUUUAAAAGCACCAGAUGCUAAAGAUUUAUUGCUGUAAGUCAAACAUUAUUUGGUCAUGCAUGGUGCAUUUAAC